CAGUCCAGCAGAGUAAUUGUGCAAAGUUUUGUGAACUACCGUUACAAGUGUUAUUACAACAAAUUAAGCAAAUAUUAAAUUAUUUUCAACUUUUAAAAGUCAACGUUGCAACAAAAGAUUUGAAGAAUGUCUUACCGCCCACUCUUCAACAAAUUGAUGUCCAACACCAUGCUACGCCAGUUGGUGAUGCGACAAAGCCCGUUGGUAACGCGCACACAGUUGCAACACAGCCUCAAACCCAGAACCCCGCUGAAUAAACCAUCGAUGUUCAGUCCGACGAUUAUUAAGCGCUACUGGGAGUUAUCGCCACUUUUUAUCAUAGUUGGUGGAGCGGUUUUGGGUCUAUUUUAUGCAAUCGUGCGAAACGGUCUGUCACGUGACGAUGUGCGUUUCUAUUCGAGUGGCAAAAUGAAUUGCGAAGACGUGGAAAAGUCCGGACCCAGAAAGUUUCUGGUAUUUAAUCAAAAAUACAAAGUACCUGAAGGUUUGAAGGAAGCACUUGCCGCCAUUGAGGAGCCAGCGGAAGAGAGGACAAAGAAGUCAAAGUAAAAACUGUCCACGGCUAAUAGAAGAGUACUGGCUUAUUGUACAAUGUACUACAAUUAAUAAAUAAUACUACUUAAUGUUAAGAAUUAGAAAGCGCUUACAGUUGAAGUGAACUGAUUGAGUUACAGUUAAGAGUGCAGUGAAAUUGUAUCUAUGCGUUACCACGUAAAAAUUGUGUAUUAUAUGUAUAAAUUUAUUUUUUUACUUGAAAAUGCACACAAAGAAGGAGGGUUAAUAUGCAUUUUACUAUGCGACGAUGAAGAAAUGUGUAACUACGAAAAAAGAACGCUAAUGAAAUUGUCCUAAUUUUGCAUUUGUGUCGUUUGAACGAAACGUUAAGCAAAACACGAGCUCUUAGUUUAUGUUGUAAAAGUAUUUAUGAAAUUUUUUAUAUAAGUUUAUUUUCUAUUUGUUAAGUAUAUAUUGAUUUGUUUCUACGUAUUAAAGUAUUUAUAUGCACAUAUAUGUAAGUGCGUGUGUUUAAUAAAACAAGUAAUUUUACAUGUG